GGACGAUGGAAAUAAUAAUUUCCGGUCAUGCCGAAAAUAAAACUAUUAUUCAGACAAAAUGCAAACAAAAAAGUGACCUGAAUGAUUCAUGUUGAAAAUGGCGUAGAGGAGAAUAACAGUAGAGUAGAAGUCUUAUAUAACUUAUACUGGACACAUGUAACUAUGUCCUGUACUUCCAUAAAUUUAAAAAAUGAAGUCUUUUAAAGAAAGAAUUUCCCAGAUUUACUACACCCAUGGAUUGUUCUGUGCCAGUCAUCCGUAUUCUAUAAUUAUUAGUGUUAUCAUCACUAGUGCCUGUAUCUGCUAUCCAUUGACCAACUUGCCAUUACCUGGUAAUGCUCCUGUUAAAUAUAUCACACCUUUAGAGGGUUAUAAAGUACCACCAAGAGUUCAACCAAUGACCAAACAUGAUGAACAAGAUUUGGCUAAUCCAAGAUGGUAUGUUGGAAAGCCGAACGGCUAUAUACAGCAGAUAGUAUUUAAAGCAACAGUAUCCCCUUGGAAAUCUUCACAAAUGAUCUCAACUGAUGCCUUUAGAGCACCAUUAUCUCUCCUCUUUAAAACUCUGGAACAAAUAAAUAACCUUAAAGUUCAUGUAAGAGGAGAAGAUAUUACACUGUCAGAUUUGUGUUUACGUGUAUCAGAGGUUGUGACACGUGGAAAGGUCAAAGGUCUUUUACCAGAAUAUUCCUGUUUACUGGUAUCCCCAGCUAAUCUUUGGCAGAAUCAAGAAACAAAGUUCAGCAAAGACGCAGAUUUGUUAAAAACUAUUUUUAGAAGAUAUGGUCAACCUUUAGAGACAGCCCCAUAUGUUAAAGACCUGCUGUUUGGUAUACCAUGGUUUAAGUCAGGAAUAUCACAUUAUGCAAUACGGAAUAAAGAACGACCAGUAUCAUUUGCUAUUACUAUUGUAUUAAAGAGAUAUGAUCCAGUUUUUACUGAAGCUCUACGAGUGAAAUUAGAAUCUCUGUAUCCUGAUACAAUGGAGAAUGUAAAUAACACAGAGAUACAUCAUAUGGUUCAUUAUCAUUAUAAAGAUAUCAACUACUUCGCAGAAUAUACUUAUUUAUUUGUUACAUAUUUUGUAUUAUUGUUAUACCUAUAUUUUUCUGUUAAAAAAAUUGAAAUGGUUAAAUCAAAAUGGGGUUUGGCUAUUAGUGCCGUUGCUAUGGUUAUAGCAUCAUUAUUAGUAUCUGUUAGUAUUUGUACCUUCUUUGGAAUGACGCCUAAAUUAAAGGGGAGUGAGAUAUUUCCAUAUUUAGUAGUUAUUAUUGGUGUAGAGAAUGUUGUAGUAUUAACGAAAUCUGUUGUAUCAACACCGGUACAUCUAGAUGUUAAAUAUAGAGUUGCACAAGGUUUAAGUAAAGAAGGUUGGUUUGUCACUAAAAAUCUAGUUUUAGAGUUGGGUAUUAUUCUGGUGGGUUUCUUUACGUUCGUACCAGCCAUACAAGAAUUUUGUUUAUUUGCCGUGGUUGGACUGGCGUCUGAUUUUUUUCUACAGAUGGUAUUUUUUGUAACUGUUUUAUCUGUGGAUAUUAGAAGAAUGGAGUUAUCCGACCUUCACAAACAGAGUGUUCUUCAAAGUGUUCAUGAUAACCAGGAAGCAACAGUUCAGAUAGAACCCCUAUAUCGUUGUCCUGUAGCUAGUAAAUUCCCUAGUAUAGCUAACACACCGAAGAUCCACAAGUCAAAGUCAGAUCCCAGACUAGAUAGUCAAGGUGAUCCACAUGGAACUCCACCUCCUUCUCCUGGAGGUCAUGGUGAUGACACGUUCUUCCCGUCACCAGCUAUUUUGGAAUUACCGAGACGACUGAAGUUUUUGUAUUUCUGGGCCAGAACAAGAAUAUUCCAAAGAUUGAUAAUGGUAUGUACAGUCAUCUGGAUUGCAUUGAUUGUAUAUAAAUCUGGACUAGUAGACACAUUAACCAGCCAGAAUGAAUCCAUUCAGUCAAAUAAUCCUCACCCCACGGUAGACUCGUUACUUAAAGCAGAAUUGUUAGCAGAAAAAACAUCUAAAGCACCUAAUGAAGGCAUGUGGGGGAUGGGAAGAGUGUAUGAAUACGAUGAUGGUAUUGGUCCAGUAGAACAUACAGAGUUGGAACUAUUUGAUCAAUUAUCAUAUAAACAUUGGCAGACGUUAUUUGGUCAUUAUAAUAUCAGUUUACUAGGAAGUUAUGUCAGCAUUCUACCCGCAAUUCAUGUAUCAGCCAUCAUCGAUCCAGACACCGCUAUCAAAAUAAGACACCCAGCAGACAUGCAAUCAAAUACUGAGUUACAUUCACCAAAUGAUAAUCAGCCAAUCACACAUUCCAAUACAUUAAAAGCAGAGGAUUCAACCAAUGAACUGUCUGAUUAUACUCACAUGUAUGAUGCAGAACAGUUAAAGUUAUUUAUACCUAAAUCUGAGAAGGAGUAUAUAAUAACAGUAUGUUUUGGAAUAUUGAGUGUUAUUGUUAUAACCUAUUUCAUGGUUGUUAUGUAUAAAUGUAUGUGUUCGAGAAAUUAUGCCAAGUGGAGAUCAUCGUGGGCGAAGGUUCGUCGUCAUCACCGUAAAGGUGUUAACAGAUUUAUAAAGGAGUCAAUACCUUUGGUUUUAAGGGGACAUAACCAGGAUAUAGAGUGUAUAACAACAGAUGGACAGUUAGUUAUAAGUGCAUGUCUAGGUGGAGAAUUACGAGUAUGGGAUUCUAAUAGUGGCGAAUGUAUAUCAACUUUAAAUAGAAAAAGUAUAAUUCCUCCAAGACGAAGAAAGCCAUGUUUAGGUCGUAAUAUAGAAGAUAGUGAUGCAGAUCUUUAUGCUGAAUAUCAUGGAGAUAGUUUUGGUAUGGAAUCAACAGGAUCAUCGGAUACAAGCCUCUCGGAAAAAUCACGCAGUCUCGACUAUUCCAGACAUAACAGAUUUGAAAAUGAACCAGAUUUAUCCAGCACCAUUAGUUUCGAUUUUUCAACACCUGAUCCCGUCACCCCCAAAUUAUCCGAAAUUUCUAAAGAUGGAGAUGCAUCUGCAUCACAAGGUUAUGAUUUCAAGUCUAGAUUUAAUAAAGUUUACGAAGAACACUGGCAGUUAGUUCAUAACGCAGACCCCACUACAUUCAGUAGAGAUAAUCGCAUACAUAGUGCCGAACUUAGCGGACAUGAUUGGGAAAAUAUUUUAAGUCCACGGCUUCGAAGCUUGAGUACUGGUGAAAUACCAUGGUAUUUUGAUGAUGAUAUGACAGAAGAAAUUGUAUCUGCUGUAUGGUGUUUAGCCUGUAGAGAAGGAUUAAUAGUAGUUGGUUGUGGUAAUGGUCGUGUGGAAAUUUGGGAAGCAGAAGCUGGAAUAUUAAAAAGUCAGUAUGAAAUGAAACCAUCAGGAGUGACAGCCAUUUCUUUUACAGGAAAUAGUGUUAUAGUUGCACGACUAGAUGGUAGCAUUGAUUUCCUGGCAUUAGAAACAUUUAGAAAUCCCAUCACACCCCCACCCGUCACUACAUCUUCUACACCAAGACAGCACAGAGGUCAUGUUCGUAGUUCAAGUGAGGUCAAAGUUUAUGAUGAGAUAUUACGUUGUGUUUGUCAUUUAUCUGUAAAAGCUCAUCAACGUCCAAUCAAUGCCCUCCAAUCAGAAGGUGGGCGUGUCGUAUCUGCCAGUCAAGAUCAUACAUUAAAGGUAUUCAGAUUAGAAGAUUGUUUAUGUUUAUAUACAUUACAUGGUCAUGAAGGUAGUGUUACAGCAUUAUCAUUAGAUAAAUUACCACCAUAUUCUGCUGUAAGUGGUUCUACUGAUGGUCGUGUUAGAUUGUGGGAUUUAUUAACAGGAUCUUGUGUUUAUAUGUUCCAUGGUCAUGAUGGUGCUGUAUCAACUGUAACUAGUACUUUACAAUUUGUUAUCAGUGUUGGUGGUGAUGAUAAGCUAUGUGUCUGGGAUAGACAUAAAGGACAGUUAAUUCAUUCCAUGUCAAUAUAUAAUUGUUGUGGAAGUAGUAUUUGUUUAUUAAGUAACAGUUUGGUGGUUACCGGUAGCCAAGGCAAAUUGUAUCUCUGUGAUAUUGUGAAGGGAGAAAUAGUGCGUGAAGUUCAAUUAAAGGACUCAGAUCAGGCAGCAUUUGUGAGAAGAAUCAAAUCUGUUGGCAGUAUGAGCAUUGUCUGUGAUUUUGGGAAAGAACUAGAAAUCCUACAUUUUCCUACAAUCUUGGAGAAGAGAGAGUAAUAUUGGUUGUGUUAUUGCCAACCUGUGUUCCAUGACUUUUGUCAUUUCAUUAUCACUUGUUAGACGAUAUUCUACAAAGCGAUGGUGUCUACAAGACAGACGGACUUGACAUAUUUUCCUGGGUGCAGAUUCGCAAAAAUUCAUACUAAAUAUUUUAAGAAUGCAGCCAUUUCAUUGGUUGAGAGUUCAAAUCCUAGUUCAAAUUUUAGCUCUUGAAGCGUGGAUGGGCUGCAUUCGAGAGAAAAAGUAUUUGUGAAUAUGGCCCCCAGCCCUUCAGUGGAGGAAAGAAGAGAGGAGAACUGUACAACAAAAUGCAGAUAAAACAAAUAUUGCAAUGAAAUCGAAAAGUCUGCCCAAUGUUGUCUUACGAUUCUGGUGAUCUGUGUAACUUUGUUAUAAUUAACAAACCUUUUGUGGAAGAGGCAAAUCUCACCAGAGAGAUUGAAGAGAGAAGAGAGAGAGAUAGAGGGUUUUCAAAGACACAAACUAUGUCAUUUCGGGACUAACAUAUGGCUGAAUUUUAUUCCAAUAAUUCGCUUGCGCGUAGGGUUCUUCAGCAGUGGGAGGAAACCGGAGGAUCCGAAGAAAACCCAAGCAGUUUGACAGGUGACCCUACCCCUUGUCACGUACAAGUGCGGAAUUGAAACCAUGCCACUUGACUCAAUGACAGACCUUGUGAUUUCACUAGACCACCCAACCCCUCACAUCCCACCGGUAAAAAGAUAACAAUUAUUUUAUACUUUGUCCAAAUGAACACCCCACCUUGUUACUUGUGAUCAUUUUAUUUAUUUAUUCUUGCUUUCAGCUUGUAAAAACCCAAAGUAAGAAAAUACCAAUUUGAUUUUCUAUUUUUCAGGAACACAUGUUAAAAUUUUUCUUGUCUCUUUGGGUAAAAGACUAAUGUAAAAACCAGAAAUACUUGGUUUCACUGUUCAAAGGUUUUUAGUUCCAAUUUUUUAUGUUCUGAAAUUUUAAACUGAACAUCUUUCACAUGAUUCAAGUGACUAUUUAUCUAUCAAGAUCCUGGAGAAGUGAAAAUCAGAUUGGUUUGGCCUGAAUAUGAUUUACAAUGACUGGCAAUGUUUAUUACUGUUAUUUGAUUAACAAUCUAUUAUAGAUUUAUAAGAUGUAAAAUACUGCCUUUUUUAUUGAGUUUAAUUUAUUGAGUGUUAUUUAUAUAUGGAAUAAGUCCACUAGUCCGGGUUCGUAUAAUUUACUAUUUCGUCAAGACCAGUGUUCUUUAUCGUCUUUAGCUGAUUGAUGUUUAAUCUAGCCAAUUGGUCAAACAAUGAACUGACCACUAUGGUAUCAUAAAUAAUCAAUCUACUUUCGACUAAAUUACAACAGGUUAAUUAUUACUUGUUAAUUAAAAAGUCAACCAACUUGUCGGCUAAAAUAACAGUCAUACGUUAAUGAGAAUGUGCCUAGUUAGCACAUUUAACAGUAAUUUUGAUAAUCCGGUAAAAAAACAAAACAGUUAGCUGCUUUUGUAAAAAUAACCAAUAAGAAUCAAAACAAAACAAUUAUUUUUGCUGUCAACAUCCUAGAUAAUAUAAUCUAGAUAAUAUUUUACAAUAGGAAUAAAAAGCUUUAUGGUUAAGGUACUGUUGAAUAACCCCCAGAUAGAGCUUGAAGCACCCAUACGCGAUGACGAAGUAAGAAAAUGUUGACAUAUUUCCGUUCCUGAUUCCCGUUCCUGAUUCAUGUUUCUAUGUAAAAAUAACCGACAUUGAAUUUAUCAUUUUCCAAUCUGAUAAACACAGAUCCUAUUUCGUUUCAUUGUUUAUAGAUCAAAAUUUCGUUUUACUUAUCUUUACUACACUAGGAUCUCGAAGAAUUGUUAUAGUACUAGUUUAAGUGAGGGAUUAGCCAAUGAAACAGUCAGCUACAUCGAGUUAUUGUCAUGCGAUGCAUGGAACUGUGGGUAACCCACUAGAAACGUCAAUACUGAUAGAUUAAUCGAUGUCUGACGUCAUGGAGUCAAAAGCUACUCGUACGACCCCUGACAUGACCUUCAAGUACAGCCGGCCAGAUAUUCGUGUAGUGUAGGCCAUUAAAAGUAUAUAAAAACGAAAUGAAAUAUAGAUCUGUAUUUUAAUCAGAUUGAUCACUUUCUAUCUGCGUUGUCGUUCAAAAACCCACCCACCCAGUUUCGCGGGUUAAUCAUUUGGACACAAGUGUGGAAAUCCGGAGAAAAUAUUAAUCUUGAAGUUAGUAUUAGAUAUCAACAUGUAAAUCAUUCUAGUUGUCUCCCCACAAAUCUUUGUUCAAUAUUAAAUGAUUUUAUGUUUUAAAUAAUUCAGUUUAUUUAUAUUUAUGCACUAAGCCAUGUUAUAUUUGUUUUAUGUCGAUCAAUAGUUUCCAGCCUUUCCAUUUAUAUUAUAUUAUGUUACGUUCUGCAGGAACCCAGUGAAAUAUAUUUUCAAUGUUUCAGUUAGAUCAUCUAUUCAUGUUUGUAGUAUAUUUUGUAUUCUUAUACUAUUAUUUAUAUACUAUUACUAGUAAAUUUAAAAAGCCUUUAUACUAAAAUAAUCAAAAAUUAUCUCCUUUCAUUUCAUUUAUAUUAACAGUUAUCAUUAAUUACCCCAUUUUGCCUGGCUUUCAAUUUAAUGAUUUGGUUUAAAUCUUACGAGACUAAGGGCUGUGUAUUGCAGCCAAAAAUUGUAUUGCAAUAUAUUGCGAUACUUGACAGAAAGUAUUGCAGUAUAUUGCAGUAUUGCAGUAUGUCGAUAAAGUCAGGGUUUAUCACAAAGCACAGUUUUAUUUUGACUAGUUUUAUCGUUUUAUCGUUUUUACAACUUGGGUCUUGGCUAAUUAUAUUUUUACUGCAAAGUCUAAAUAAUAUGACUGAUUAUGAAGUCUUUAUAAACAGUCCAGCUAACAUUUGAAUAUAAAAUAAAAGUAGAAAAAUAUCGAUACGCAAAAAUCUAUCGAUACAGUGUAUCGCAGAAGAUCGUAUUGCAAUAUAUUGAUAUAGCAAUAUUUUUUUUGACAACCCUAAAGAAUAGCAUGUCCUCCAUACAAUAAAACCAGUCCUUGCAAUUGAAGCUUGCCAUAAUUCAUUGUUCGCUUGUUAAAAUGUUGAUAAAGAAUAAAUUUAAAUGUCAGAUCUUUUAUUGCUUUCGUACGUUUAAUAUUUUCUGUACAAAUCUUAAUAAUAUGAAUUUGUCUGUACAUUUCGAUACUGCAAAAAUAUACCACCUUUUCAUAUUUAUAAUACACUAUUAAUUUGAUGCAUACAUAAAUGAUUAAUUUAUAUUCAAAGUUUUACAUACAUAUUUAGUUAAGUGAAAAGUUGAUUCAUUCAUUUUAUCAUCCUUAGUAGUAUGAAUUUUUACCAUCUUUUCAUAUUUAUAAUGCACUUCGUCUGUUGGAUGCAUGUUUUUCUACUCGGUCUAAACAUACGCUCCAAUCUAAGGUGUAUCGCAUUCAAAGUUUACAGACUUAGUGAAGUGAAAAGUGGAUUCAUUCAUUUUAUCAUUAUAUAAAGACAAAAUCCAUCCAAAUUUUGAUCUCUGACUUGGUGCCAUUUUCCUUCUAUAUUAUUUCACAUUGUUGAUAGUUGAGAUUUUUUUAAAGUCUUGUUUACGCACACAUCGUUUUAUAAUUAUAAUGCUAUAUAUAUAUGUAUUUCCCUUUGCAAGGUUCCAACACGUAUAUUUUUGUUGGCAACCUGAAAUGAAAUGGGGUUUAAUGUCCUACUGUUUUGCUCCGACUGGGGUAAUGAAGACGGUGUUGGCAACCUACUUAAAUAGACCUUGUAAUGGACAUGUAAGAUUUAGAUAAAGAAAUGUUCUUUCUUGCUAUAAAAUAACAGCUUAAAAAUAUAUAUUAAAAAAUUAACAUAUUGAAAAUUUAAGUCAGUUUACUUUAUUCUGCGCACAGUGAUAAAUUUUGAAGUUUUGACAAGAUUUGGCUUUUAAAGUCUUGAUUGUCAAGCACCCUUGCUAUGAUAAACAAAGUCUUGAUUAUCCAUUUUAAUGUUAAAUUACUGGAUGACAUGGAUGUUCUAAUCCAUUUAAUAUCUUGGUCAUAUGAUCGUCUAGAGGGUUGAUUAUAAAUUAUUGGCUUGUGUAAAUAAUUUAUAUAGCAUUUUAAGUCAGAAGAAAUACCUGCAAUAGGCAGAUUUAGUUCUUUCAUAAUGCAUCUGUAAAGUUCAUCAAACAUUAUAUUUAUUGAAAUAUUGCAUGAAAAUUAAUUAAUUUGUUAGCAUAGAGUUAGUUGACAUAUGGUCCAGACAUUAUGUAAAAAAUGCACACUAUACUUAGCUUGUUUCUAGCGGUUCAAGUGGGUUUUUAUCAAGACCCUAAAGAACUGAAAAUUAAACUGGUUUGGCCAUAGUUGUGUUUUAUAGUAGAAUGAUGUUAAUAUCUUUACAUUUAUUUGCAUACCGGUAUUAAGUUAAAAGAUUAUUCAUAUUAUAUAAAUUUUAAUUUAUAUGUAUCUAAGUUAUUGUCUUUGUUAGAUCAGAAUCUCCAUAGAUUUAGCAAAUAUUGGGUGCAAUAUGAUUUGUUUUGAUGAAAUUCAAAAUAAAGAAUAGGUAGGUAGGUAGACUAUUAAAAACUUAAUCUUUUCUCCAUUAUUUAUUUAAUACAAUAAAUAAAAAUGGCCUACUUUAAAUUUUUAAGACCAGGAACUGAUCUUAUCUUCAAGAGCAACUCAUUCUGUUUUGUUCUUGGGGGUGACGUCCAUCAGUGUUGCCUAAGGCUUUGCCAAUUAAAGUACGAUCAACAUGAAACUUGGGUUGAUUGUUCCUUCUACAUUUGUGCAUCGAGUAAUAGACUUUGAAUUUUGAUGUUACGUCACAAUUCCAAGAUGAGGGUGAUGAUGUCAUCGUGCUCGGUUUCUGGUCCAUAGUACAUGUAGUAAUAGUUGUUUAGGAAUUUAUGUGUAAGUCAAAUUAUAAUUAUUCAAUGAAUUGUAUGCCAAUGAAUUAUAAAAAUGAUUUUCAUAUAAUUUAAAUGUGUUUUGUGGACAGAUGUAUGUUCGUUUUGUGGAAUGUAAAAGUUACUGAGAACUUUAUUGUGUGCCUUCAAAUUUGUGUAAUUUCAAACCACAUAUUAUACAAGAUGAUUCUUUGUCUUUUAUUUGUUGAAUUAUUUAGAUUGUGAUAUACAUAGAAAGUAUUUAAUUGAAUAAAAAAAAAUAAAACUA